AUGGGUGGCGGGGAACAGUCUAAGUACGAGCUGGGGGGGAUGGGAGAUCUGAUUCGGACUGGCCUGAGUCAAAAGACUCGUGUGUCGCCACGUGCACGAGACGUGGAGGACGACAGACAGUACGGUUUUUAA